CACCGCUACUCUACUUGUGAUGCUCAUUGGGAUUCUGCGCUCGGUGCGACCGGAAUCGAGCCACCCAGCACCAGAUCGACAGCUCGACAAUGCUCCAUUUCCGAAGUCGAGUGCAAUACAGCAAGGUAUUUCAUCAAUAUUUUCACCUCGUAUGGACUUCGACCGCUGGAAGCCGCUGACGGGGCGAGGGGAUCCGCUGAGGAACGAUCCCACCUACGACUACGAGCCCCCCGUGCUGGAGCGGGUGCACUACUGGGCGGACGACACGCGCGUCGAGCGGGAGAAACAUCCCGAGAGGAAGUCGGAGGUCCUGAUGCUGGGAGUCUCGUCCCGGAAGCCGAGCAUCGCGCCGAGGCCCCCCGCACCUCCGAGGAGGUCACCACGCCCUCCGAUAAUUCAGAAGUACGAGGACUUCACCUACAAGCUGAGCAAUGACUUUCCCAUGACUAUUCUAGUCCCCCCGCCGCCUCCUCCGCCGGGACACAAGCCCACUCUGUUCAUCAUAUCGAACGAGAACACGCCGACUCCGACCACACCGAAGUACGUGGAGUCCACGGUGUUCACGAGAGACGCUACACCCGCCGUCGACGUCAUCACGUCCUACGCGUUGCAGGAGGCCAAUCUCAUCUACCAGUCUUCCACUAGACAGGAGUGGCUGCUGGAGCCCAACAGAACCAAUCCGUUCUCGAAUGUCGCAGUGACGAGAGACUACGCGGGCUGGGGCCCCACUACGCCCUUCGACGAUAUUUCUAUUAAUGAAACGCACAACAUUAUACCGCACUACGAUAACGUCCUGUCACAGGUCUACAAGCCAAAAUACCCUUUCCAGAGACUACAGACCGAGCCGACGUCACCGCCUCUGGUCACUGCCAAUUCGUUCCCAUCUUUCCUGCCAACGAUACUACCACCGACCACAAUUAAACCUCAAGAAACUUGGUCCCAGACAGAAUCGACGACUCAAGAAGUUUCUACGGAAACCACAAAAACCGUUCAAGAAACCACCACAGAAAUUUACAGAACUACACCACGCCCGACUACUGCGAGACCUGCGCCCAAACACAAGCCCAGCAUGAUCGAUAUGCUGGCGCCUAUGAUGUCUAUGCCGAUGGUGACGGAACGGCCGGAGGACAACAUCUACGCUCACGCUUCUAACAACAUUCAAAUUUUUAAGGAGCCCUCCGAGCAGGACGAAUUGGAAUUAGAAAUGAUGCAGACGAUGCAGCCUCCGCCGCCGCAAGUACCAGACUCUUCGACUCAAACGUACAAUAACUACCCCGAGGAAUCUCACGCGAUGACUGGUCCUACACAAGAUCCAUACCUGCACAUGCGGUUCACUACCCCCGCAACGACCACCGAAUCCCAGGAGACCAAGACGACCACUGAAAAACAGCACCUCCCCACUUACUUGAUCAUCCAGGGGCAUUCCAAAGUAAAAACGUACGGCUCGAAACCGAAACCUCAAAGUACUAGCAGCAACAAAAUUCCUCACCCGAAUGAAACCGACGAGGUCAAACAUUUGCAUCCUAUCAAGGAGAAGAAGAAGGUAAAUAAAGAGAAAAGCUCCGACAGGGAGGGAAGGUCCAAGAACUUGAAAUCACUAAUCGACAGGGGAGUCGGAUCCAUAGAAAUUCAGGAGGCGGACGUGGGAAUAAAGUACGACAUCAGCGACGGAAGCGACGUGCCCGUUGAAAUUUACAAGAAAGGUAUCGUCGACAACGACGAAAACAAUUACGUGGCAGCGCUGAAGAAAACGGCGGAGAAAAGGACGAGGAGGCAGAUCGAUCUGGAACAACUGCUGCCGUUCGACGAAGACUCCCUGGAAGAGUUCGUCUACAACUUCUUCGAAGGUAGACAGAACAGCACCGGCCUGGUGGGACUCAUAGCGCAGACCGUCACCAACGAGAAGGUGUCCUCGGUCGUCGACAACCUCGAGGACGAUGACUCGAGCGAGGAGGACAGGUGAACAGACACAACACACGCUAGUAAAGUACACAUAAUUAUGUCUAGGGUUCAGCGACAUGCCAAAAACAGGUUUAAAUAAGAGCUACAUAGUUACCUCUGCUGAGA